GGAAGGUGUGUGACCGCUGAGUCUCAGGGACAGCGUGACUGGGGCCUGAGCUGGCUACCUCCGGCCAGCUCACAGGCAGCUGCAAAUGCUGCUCCUGGGACAAGGGCAUUGAGCCCUGCGUCUCCUAUUCCAGGGAUGCCGGUGUAGGUGACAGCGGGUUCUCCUCGGACCCUGUCCUAUGCUCCCAAUUAAUGAAUGAUAACAGGAUCUUGGGCCAUUUUGGGAAACAUUGCCCAAGCUUGGGCGUGGUAGCGCUCAAUCUCCAGCACUCAGGAGGCUGAAGCCGGAGGUUCAGGAGUUCUAGGCCAACUUUGCCUAUUUAGCCUUCUCAACAGAAAAGAAGAAACACAUCUAGAUUCCUUCGACUGAGAAAUGAAUUCCAGUAUGAAGCAGAAACAGGAAGGAGCUGGAGAGAAUGUAAAGAACAGUCCUGUCCCAAGGAGAACGCUGAAGAUGAUUCAGCCUUCUGCAGCUGGAUCUCUUGUUGGCAGAGAAAAUGAGUCGCCAAAAGGCUUGUCCAAAAGGAAGCUUUGGAAUGACCAGUUAACAUCUAAGACUUCAAGUUCUGGUCCAGAUGCCAGUGAAAAUAAAGAUGUUGGAGAUAUCACCCAGGAAGCAUUUGAUCUUAUGAUUAAAGAAAACCCAUCUUCUCAGUACUGGAAAGAAGUGGCAGAAAAACGGAGGAAAGCUCUCUAUGAAGCACUUAAAGAAAACGAGAAACUUCAUAAAGAAAUUGAACAGAAGGACAGUGAAAUUGCCCGCCUGAAAAAGGAGAAUAAAGAGUUGGCAGAAGUAGCAGAACAUGUACAGUACAUGGCAGAGGUAAUUGAGAGGCUGAGUCAUGAACCUCUGGAUAGCUUCGAAUCACCGGAUAGUCAGGAAUUUGAUUCCGAAUUGGAAACUGUUGAGGAUUCUGAAGUGGAAGACUCAGAGACUGGCACAUGCAUUGAAGAGACUGUGUCUUCCUCCACCGAUGCCAAACCAUGUACAUGAAUGUGAGGUACAUCGCCAGCUUUGCCCUGCCCUAUAGCUCCUGGUAAAUUAACUACAAGAUCCAAGUGCUGGAAUCCAGGUUUGAAUCCUGGGGGCUAUUACCACAUUAAAAUACAGAGAGUAUGUAUUUUUAAUCUGUUUUAUGUAAAUAGCAUUUUCAUUUUCUCAGUGUCAGAUGUGACUUGUGUAUAUUAAAUAAACUUCAAUUUCUUAUUGAA